AUGCGUCCAGGCUCAACGGGGAUGUAUCUCGAUGAAACCAGCGCCCGCUACUUCGGCAGUUUCCACAGUUUCUGUCCCAUCAUCGGCCGGCGGGCAAUCCAAACACGCCUUCUAUCCUUCUGGUUCAAUCCCCAGUCCGAGUUUGCUCUUCUCUUGUUAUGUAUAGGGUUGCUUACGCACGCAGAGCACUGUGACUUGAGUCUACAACCAGCCCGCCAUAUGAAUGAGAGGAUGCUCUACUUAGCGACGAAAUCCCUGAUGGCACAGGUACAGGCACAGGUCCUCUGUGCGCCUACCACCCGUCUCUUUCAGACUGGCAUCUUACUGUCGGUCUACGAAUACGCUCAUGGCCAUGAGCAGGCAUUUGUGACGAUUGGAAUCUAUGUCCGCAUGGUGUAUGCGGCCCAGCUACGAUCCCAACCCUCGCCGACCACCAUCGACCAGAUGCGGCUAGACAUGGCUGAAGAAAAGGAGGAGAUCAACACCUGGUGGGGAAUCCGUAUCUGUGAGCGGUGCGUGCAUAAUUAG